GUGAUUGGGUCUUCUGUGUUAUGCAAAUGCCAUGAGUUCUGACGAUGACGAUUGGAUGGAUGUGGUUGUCAUUGACAACGGGUCAGGGUCAAGUCGAUCGGGAUUUGCCGGAGAAGAUGCCCCCCGAUCCAUUUUCCCCUCGGUGGUAGGAGGACACAAAGAAGGAAUGACACAUUUCAUCGCCUCAAAUUCAGGGAGUUUUGUUGGGGACCAAGCCGUUUCACUGAGCAAAGUUCUGUCCCUUCGUCAUCCCAUAGAGAGGGGUGUAGUCACCGAUUGGGAUGCUAUGGCGACGAUAUUGCAUUAUGUUUUUGAGACUGAAUUAAAGACAAAGUCUGAAGACAUGAAAGUUCUUAUGACGGAUACUAUUUUGAAUCCAGCAGGAAAUCGGGAAAAAAUGACAGAGGUAAUGAUGGAAACAUUCCACGUCCCCGGCUUCCAUGUGAAGAAUCAAGGCAUUCUGUCGGUGUACGGAUCCGGAAGGGGAUGUGCUGUAACAGUGAACAUAGGGGACGGAGCCACACAAAUAUAUGUUAUUUACGAAGGAAUGACGGUUCUUGCAGCAAACAGACGACUAGAUCUUGCAGGGAGAGAUAUAACCCUUUAUCUACAGAGACUUCUGUACAACAGGGGAUAUUCAUUUACCACUCAUGCGGAAAUGAUGAUUGUAAAGGACAUGAAGGAGAAGUUAUGUUUUGUGAGCCAGGAUUAUAAAAAGGAUCAGAUAACUGCUGAGACGACUUCAGAUUUAGAUAAGUCGUACACACUGCCAGACGGAAGUCAAAUCACACUGGGACAUGAGAGGUUUCAAUGCCCGGAAGCUCUGUUUCAACCAUCAUUACUAGGCCUGGACUGUGACGGGAUCCAUCAGCAGAUUAACCAGUGUAUCCUGGAGUGUGGCCUGGAUAUGAGGAGUACUCUGUACGUCAAUGUCGUCUUAUCCGGAGGAACUACGAUGUGUCUGGGAUUUGCCGAUAGACUACAUCUCGAAUUGCAAGCCUUGGUUCCUGGACCUAUGAAGGUAAAAGUAGUGGCCCCUCCCGAAAGAAAAUUUUUGCCUUGGAUCGGAGGUUCAAUCGUAGGAUCUCUCUCUACCUUUCAACAGCAAUGGAUUACUCAGGAAAUGUAUCAGGAAGUCGGGCCCAGCAUAGUUCACCGACGAUGCGCGAAUGUAUGAG